UUUCUGAAGUCGGACUUCAGUGACUUUCAUUCAAGUUUGAGCUGCUUUCUGCUUAAAAUAGCUGCGCUGCAACCUUACAAGAAGCUUUGGGGACUAAAUGCUCCAAGUGAGACGUCGUUUGAGCCCCCUGCCCAGGCCCCAUACCCUGGACCCCCACCGCCUCCAACUUACUGCCCCUGCUCAAUCCACCCAGAUGCUGGCUUCUCCCUUCCUCCACCACCCUAUGAGCUCCCAGCACCCACAUCUCAUGUCCCAGACCCCUCAUACUCCUAUGGCAACAUGGCCAUACCGGUCUCCAAGCCACUGACUCUCUCCGGUCUGCUCAGUGAGCCCCUCUCAGAUCCUUUGGCUCUCCUGGACAUUGGGCUGCCAGGGGGGCCCCCCAAGCCUCAAGAAGACCCAGAAUCUGACUCAGGAUUAUCCCUCAACUAUAGCGAUGCUGAAUCUCUUGAGCUGGAGGGGACAGAGGCUGGCCGACGGCGCGGCGAGUAUGUAGAGAUGUACCCGGUGGAGUACCCCUACUCACUUAUGCCCAAUUCCUUAGCCCACCCCAACUAUGCCUUGCCACCUGCAGAGACCCCCUUAGCCUUAGAACCCUCCUCAGGCCCUGUGCGGGCCAAGUCCACUGCACGGGGGGAGGCGGGGAGUCGGGAUGAGCGACGGGCCCUGGCCAUGAAGAUUCCCUUCCCGACGGACAAGAUUGUCAACUUGCCGGUAGAUGACUUUAAUGAGCUGUUGGCGCGGUACCCACUGACGGAGAGCCAGCUGGCAUUGGUCCGGGACAUCCGACGGCGGGGUAAGAACAAGGUGGCCGCCCAGAACUGUCGCAAGAGAAAGUUGGAGACCAUCGUGCAGUUGGAGCGGGAACUGGAGAGGCUGGGCAGCGAGCGGGAGCGGCUCCUCCGGGCC